CAUAAUAAAAAUGUAUACAAAAAUAGAAAGUUAAAAAAAAGUUUAAGAAAAAAAGCAAAAAAAAAAGAUCGAAGAAUUGAUCAACAAACGUCAUCAUAUAAAGACACGCAACAUUGUUGAACUUAAUUGCAAGUGUAAAAAAUAAAUAAACAACACCUAUUUGAAAUUUAUAAAAAUUUUGUAAUUUUGAAUAUGGAAUGGUCCAGAGAGAAAACAUUGGCACUAAUACAGGAAUAUCGGAAAAGACGCGGUUUAUGGGACAUGACACAUGAUGAUUAUCGCAAAAAGGAAUUUAAGAAUAAGUUGUUAAUGGAGGUAAGCGAGAGUCUUGGCGGUAACAUAGCAAUUUCGGAAAUUGAAAAGAAAUUCCAUACAUUACGGACGCAAUAUCAUCGUGAGAUAAAUCGUAUGAAAGUUAUAAAGCCUUACCAUUCAAAAUGGUUCGGUUUCAAGUAUUUGCAAUUUCUCAGUUCGCCUAAAGCAUGUCGAUCGAAUAAGGGCCGCAUCAAGAGCGAAAUUACGGAGGAUGGCACCGUGACUACCAAGUAUAUAAUAAGGGAAUCGUUAUCGCAUGAUGCUAGUAUUGGUAGCGGAACGGGAGGCAAUGGCUCAAACAACGACAAUGAGGAGUUUAUAACAUUACAAACAGUUACCGCCAAAAAUGGUUGCUCCACAGCUAAUAGUCGAACGCACGAAUUAGAAAAACUUAUUGAAGAGACAACUAAGGAUGUAGAAGAAAUCGAGGAAUCAAAGCCGAAAAUGACUUUAAAAGAAAUUACUGUGCCCCUCGAGCAUCAUCAACAUGAAUAUAGUAAUGCCGGUGAAUUGCAAAUAAGCAGUGUAGAAAGUGACCAACAAGAGGUAAAUCAUAUACAGGAUGUUGGCGAGAAUAUGGAUACAAUUAAUUUACAAACAUCAGGAGAUGAAGAGAUUACUUAUCAAGGCACAAGCACAGUUGGAUCUACCACAUCUACUAUGGGUGUGUCAACCGUGAUGACGGCUCAUAGUUCCUCUGGUACUACAACUGUUCACCCUAUACCUACGCGUAUCAUUAAAAUUCAACGACGCGAUACUGUGCUUGAUAAUGCAGAAUAUUAUGAUAACAAUCCGCAAUCAAAUCAUACUCAAGGCCAUCAUCAUCACCACCAUCACCAUUCACAACAGCCUCAUAUUCAUACGCUAUCGCCUAAUGCACCCACUGCAGCAAAGCGCAUCUAUUACGAUGCCACUACUGGCCAUCAUACGGCCACCAUACUUGCUGAUGCAACUAGUCCUGCUCAAACAACCGGUAAUCUAACUUUACUUAAUACUGCAACAUCGAAUCCACCCUCACCACAUUCCUCGAGAAUUCAAGUCCGUAGCAAUCUGACGUCCAAUCAUUUACUUUCAUCGGCGAUACGUGACGAUUUUUCUACAUAUGGUGAAUAUGUGGCUAAUGAAAUGCGUGGUCUUAAAACACAAGAAAUUUUAAUUUCUCUGAAGCAUAAAAUUAACACAGCACUGUUCGAGGCAAGCAUGGCCGAAUUGCAAAAAUAAUCAAUUUUUGAAAAAAUCUUGAAUUCUUAAAUAUUUAAUUUCAAAAUUUACAAUUAAUUCAAUUUUACGAAAUAGUUAAAAGAAAGGAUUAUGCGGUGCAUUUUCCUCUUGGAUCUUUUAAAUUUGGUAUCCUU